AUAUCUUUUCUUAUCUGAAUUUGCUUAGAGAUUGCAUUGGAAUGGAGCACGUGUAUACAGCAGGGCUGAUCGUAAUUGGCGAUGAAAUCUUGCGCGGACAAAUCGUAGAUACUAAUACAUCAUAUUUGGCAAGAAAAUUAAGAGCUACAGGAGUGAAGCUUUGUAAAGUAACUGUGGUACCUGACAUAGUAGAAGAAAUUGCACAAGAAGUAUCUGACGCAUCAAAAAAAUAUUCCAUUGUAUUUACAUCUGGCGGAGUUGGCCCUACGCACGACGAUGUUACCUAUGAAGGUAUUGUAAAAGCAUUGGAAAUAAAGUUAGAGGUUCAUCAAGAGUUAUUGAAUUUUUACAAACGAUUACUUUCUGGAAAGACAGAACUAGAACGUUUAUCUAUAGUACCGAGUCCUUGUGAGCUUAUCUAUGUUAAUUCAACUGAAGAUUAUGCAGUGAUCAAGACAUCGAAUAUAUAUAUUCUUCCUGGUUCUCCAAAAUAUUUUAAGCCUGCAGUAGAUACAAUUAUGCCUAAGUUGAGUAAAGGCAAUCCAUUAUAUUUUGAUUAUGUCGAUAUUGAAUCAGACGAGUUAUCGUUAGUUAAAAUAUUGGACGAACAAGUACGACGUUGGGAAGGUAAAGUGAAUAUAGGAAGUUAUCCCCAAGGAGAAUCAAGUAUCGCAAAUCCUUUCGUAAGAAUUACAUUUGAAGGACUUGAAAGUGAUGUUACGGAAGCGAAGAAAAAGUUAAUUUCAUGUAUACCAAUGGACAUCGCUCGGAGCACAAGAGAAAGAUUUUGUAUAGAACAAGCGGAGCUGAUUAUUAAUAAUAGUAAAGAAGAAUAUGUACAGAAUGCGAUUGUCGUUUUGAAACAAUGUUACGACAAGUAUAACGCAAAUGAAAUUUUUCUAAGUUUCAAUGGCGGGAAGGAUUGCACUGUCGUAUUACAUUUGACUGCCUGUAUUUGCGCGUUACGCAAAGUUUCACCGCCAUUAUGUUUAUAUGUACCAUCUGAUCCAUUUCCAGAGAUGGAAGCGUUCAUAGAAGAAGCAGCUAAUUAUUAUGGUUUAGAAUUAAUUAGAAUGGAACCACCAUUGCGUUUGGCUUUGGAUAAACUUUUAAGCAAUAAAACGUACUUAAAAGCGAGUCUAAUGGGCAUGAGAAAGGGAGAUCCUGGAGCAGAAAAAUUAGAAGCAUUUACCGUCACUGAUCCAGGGUGGUCAAAUUUAAUGAGAGUCAAUCCAAUAUUAGAUUGGUCUUAUUCCCAAGUGUGGCAAUUUUUGCUCAAACACAAAGUGCCGUAUUGUUCUUUAUACGACAAGGGUUACACGAGUAUCGGCACUAAAACAAAAACACUACCAAAUCCUUUAUUAAAGGAUCCUCAAAAUCCAUCUACUUACUUACCAGCAUAUACUUUAAGCGAGGUAUCUGCUGAAAGACAUGGAAGAGAAUGAUGUCAACCAUUAUUAGUUUCAAUUAUAGUUCCAUAAUGUUUUCAUUCAUUUGACUUAUCACCUUUGCUUUCCUCAUAUCAUUUUAUCUCUUAUUAGGAACAUACCUUUUCAGUAUUUUAUUUAAAAAUAUUACGAAAUAGUAUAAUUAACACACACGCACGUACACACAGAGUAUGAUCGGCGUGAUUAUAUAAAGAAUGUACGGGAUAAAGUAAUCUAGAAAAUAUUAAUAUACUCUAAAUAUAUAAAAUCUUUAUAUGGAAUAUAAAAGACAAGAAUUGUCAUUACGUUGAAAAACAAAAAAGUAUAUACAUAUUUCCAGAGAAGAAGAAUUUGAUAAAAGUAUCAAUUCAUCUUGAUUAAAUUUUUCAACGAAUCUACACUAAAAUAACACUCGAAAUCAACUAAUAAAAUAAAAUAAAAUAAUAUACAAUAUUAACAACAAA